AGUAAACCCUAACAAACAAACUCGAGUCGAGUGGGUCGGGAGAUGGAGGUGGAGGUGGAGGUGGAGUCGCAGCAAAAUCGUCAAGCUCAGAGAUUUGGUCUGAAGAACUCAAUUCCGACCAACUUCGGCUCUGACUACGUCUUCCAGAUUGUCCCAAAAGUGGAUUGGACAGCAAUCGCGGUGUCCUUGUCGACCAACACCGUUAAGCUGUACUCGCCGGUGACAGCUCAGUACUACGGGGAAUUCAAAGGACACACGGAUACAGUGAAUCAAAUAGCGUUUUCAUCGGACCUUCUUCACUCUUGCUCCUCGGAUGGUACCAUCAGAUCUUGGGACACGCGCUCUUUCCAGCAGGUAGCGUGUAUUGAUGCUUCUGAUAAUGGUCAAGAGGUUUUUAGCUUCUCCUUUGGAGAUCAUCUCCUCGCUGCUGGAUGCAAGGAGCAGGUUUGUCUUUGGGACUGGAGAAACUCUAAGCAAGUUGCUUGUUUACAGGAAUCCCACAUGGACGACGUCACUCAGGUACACUUUGUUCCUAACAAUCGGAACAAACUUGUUUCUGCCUCUGUUGACGGUUUGAUUUGUCUCUUCAACACUGAAGGUGAUAUCAACGACGAUGACCAUCUCGAUUCU